AUUGGCUUUUCCGUUGAGUUCGUGCUAGCGUGGGCGCCCCCGUUGUCUGGAGUUGAAGCGGCGAUGGAUCUCGGACGUCCGAGCUGAGGCGCUCGAGCGGCGGCAUGAUGUGCGUUGCGCGGGUGAGCGCGGCGCUCGGCUGGAUGGAGGCCGCGUUGUGGAUUCGCGAGGCCGAGGCCGAAGCGCGUUGGCGUGCCGGCCCUUUUUGUGCGGCGGCUGGGCGUUGCGGAGGGGCUGGUGUUUGCGUGCGUGGCGUGGAAAAAGGGUGUUAGACUCGCUGAGCGCGUGCGCGCCGGGGCGGGUUCAGGGAGCGACGGUGAUGAGCUCCGCAAGAGGGGAAAGCUGCUAUGACACCCGACAUGAAUGGGCUAAAUAAUUACAUUCGGACGAGUUAUGCAAAACAAGCGAGCAAGUUGGGCGGAGCGAGCGAGCAGACUGCUGCCGAGCCCGCAACAAAGGGCGCCCAGAGGCCUUAUACGCCGCAACGCAAGAGGCCGCGUGACGAGGUGUUCAACUCCUCGUCUGUCGAAAUCGUUCAGUCUAGCCGUCCCAACAUAUCCUACGAAGAUUUGGGCGGCAUCGAGUCGGUGCUGCAGGACGUUCGAGAGCUCAUAGAGCGCCCUCUGACACACCCGGAGCUUUACGCGUGGCUGGGCGUGGAGCCGCCACGCGGCAUUCUCCUGCAUGGGCCGCCGGGGUGCGGGAAGACGAUGCUGGCCAACGCCAUAGCGGGCGAGCUGGACGUGCCUUAUUUCCAUAUUUCGGCCCCCGAAGUGGUCUCCGGGAUGUCGGGAGAGUCCGAGGCCAAGAUUCGCGGCCUCUUUCACUCGGCCAAGAGCAAGGCUCCUAGUUUGAUUUUCAUCGACGAGAUAGAUGCCAUCACGCCGAAGAGAGAUGUGGCGUCUAGGGAGAUGGAGCGGCGAAUUGUCGCACAGCUUCUGACGAGUAUGGAUGAUUUGUGCGGAGACAAGCCCGUUAUAGUCAUCGGCGCGACAAACCGUCCCGAUUCUCUCGACCAGGCUUUGAGGCGAGCUGGGCGUUUCGAUCGCGAAAUAUGUCUGGGCGUGCCCGACCAAAAUGCGCGCAGUAGAAUUCUCAAGGUAAUUUCGUCCAAGUUGCGCCUGUCUGGAGACUUUGACUUCGAUUUGAUCGCGGCGAAGACGCCAGGCUACGUCGGCGCCGAUUUGCAGGCGAUUGCCAAGGAGGCGGCUAGCUUGGCGGUGAACAGGAUAUUUACCACCUUGGAGAGCGCGGAGGCGACCAAUUCAAAUGGACAGCUCAAGACGGACGCCGUCCAAUGCGGCGGCGGCGAACAGGAGCCGGUCUACGACAAGAUCCCGAACCAUCACCAUCUUGAGACCCGUCAUCACGUGAGCAACAUACUUCGCGCGAACGUCCAGCCCUACACGCCUGAAAAGUUGGAGUCUCUGUUCAUCACGAUGGAGGACUUCCUUCAGGCGAUAAAGCACGUCCAGCCAUCCGCCAAGCGCGAGGGCUUCGCGACGAUUCCGAACGUGUCUUGGGACGACAUCGGUGCGUUGACCAGCAUCAGAAAAGAGCUGGAAAUGUCGCUGAUUGAGCCCAUUCGUUCUAAGGUCAAGUAUUCCGCGCUCGCGCUUUCAAUUCCCCUUGGCAUCUUGCUAUACGGCCCGCCCGGGUGCGGAAAAACGCUGCUGGCGAAGGCCAUCGCGAACCAAGCGCAGGCGAAUUUCAUCUCGAUCAAGGGACCGGAACUGCUCAACAAGUUCGUUGGAGAGUCCGAAAGAGCCGUUCGCCUGAUCUUCCAGCGCGCGCGUGCGUCUUCUCCCUGCAUCAUCUUUUUUGACGAGGUCGACGCGCUCAUACCGAAGCGCUCCGGCGGGGAGAACGUGGUGGCCGAGCGCGUCGUCAACCAACUGCUGGUCGAGUUGGACGGCCUAGAGCAGCGAGGCGAGAUUUUUGUCGUCGCCGCCACGAACCGCCCCGACAUCGUCGAUCCGGCGAUGCUGAGGCCCGGCAGGCUGGACAAAUUGCUCUACGUGCCAAUACCGACGCCCGACGAAAGAGUGCACAUUUUGAAGACGUGUUCUCGGAAGACGCCGUUAAAAGAGGACGUCGAUUUGGAAGAAAUCGCCCACAACUAUCGGUGCGACGGGUACAGCGGCGCGGACUUGGCAUCCUUGGUUCGAGAAGCGUCGAUGUUCGCACUGCAGCCCGCCCUGAACUCCAACCAAACGGACAUAAAGGUCUCCAGGGAGAACUUCUAUCAAGCCCUCGACAAAGUGCUCCCCAGCGUCUCCCAAGCAGACCAACUGCGAUACGCCGCAAUACGGAAAAAGCUGCUUUCCUCGCGCCUGUCUCCGGCGUAGGGCAGCCGCGAUUCGCCUUCAGGAAACCCGCUCGGCGCGCGGGUGACGCCUAAAAGGAAAUUAAAGACAAGGUACGAGGACUCGCGCGACGUUUGACGCGGUCGAA